CACACCAUCUACAUAGGGACAAACCAUGGGAGGAGCAGUUAUUAAUCUAAAGAGGGAGUGUUGGAGAGACAGCAGCUCUGGAGAGAGACACGGUUAGUUUGAAUACAAAGUAUGCACUCAGUCUUGGGAUCUACAGGGAAAUCCCCUUAAAUGAAACAAAAGGAAAUCUGUUCAUAGGGGAAGGAGAUGCGUGCAAAGCUUAAGGAAAAUCUGUGGCAGUACAGGAGAAUUGACGGAGGUGUGUGGACAGGCUGAGCUGUCAGUGUGUCGUGUGAAGAGAUGCAAGCAUGUCUGUGGGCAGAAGCUGAGAUUUGCACUCUGAGGAGUGGCUACUCUUGCUGAUGACAGUCAGAAUAUCUAAGAAAGUCUGUAAAGUUACUGAUGAAAUGUGAGGGCUUUCUGAGAAAUCAAGACUCGUGGUUUUAAAAUUGCUGCCUGGUUGGAUGAAUGAAGACAUCAAACUUUGGGAAAUGAGAAAGAAGGGAAAUGAGGAGAACGGAAAAAAGAACAGUUUCUUACAUACAAAGAUAAAUAACUCUCUGAAUUCGAGAGGUCUGCUGAACAGUUUGAAGCCUAUAUAUUUUUGGAAAGUACAAAAAGUCGAACUAGGCUUCUAAUGGUUGCGAAGAACUGGGAGUAACCAGGCUAAGCUCAAAGAAACAAAAUGGCAGCGGCAGGAUAUGGAAAUUCUACACUUGUUAUGAGCACCAUGCCAAACAGUACAACUGAAGAAAAUUGUACACUGGACCACACAAUUCACCAAACCCUAUUCCCCGUGGUCUAUAUUACUGUGUUAGUUGUUGGUCUUCCUGCAAACUGCUUGUCAUUGUACUAUGGCUAUUUACAAAUCAAGGCAAAAAAUGAACUUGGAAUAUACCUGUGCAACCUAACAGUUGCUGACCUCCUCUAUAUCUUCUCACUGCCUUUCUGGAUCCAGUAUGUGUUGCAGCAUGAUAAUUGGACCUACAAUGAAAUGAUGUGCAAGAUCUGUGGUAUCCUGUUGUAUGAAAACAUCUACAUUAGUAUUGCAUUUCUCUGCUGUAUCUCAGUUGACCGCUACCUUGCCUUGGUGCACCCAUUUAGGUUCUACAAGCUAAGGACAAUGAAGACUGCUCUUUUGAUCAGUGUAGUUAUUUGGCUGAAGGAAUUAAUGACCAGUUACUUCUUUUUCUCACAUGGAGAAUUCACCAAAGAUCCUGAAAGCCAUAUUAUCUGCUUUGAACAUUAUCCUAUGAAACCCUGGGAACACAGCAUUAACUACUAUCGCUUCUUUGUUGGUUUCCUUUUUCCAAUCUUUUUGCUCGGGUUUUCCUAUUGCUGUAUAUUUAAAGUAGUGCGUCAAAGUCAAGGAACACAGAGAAAGUUAAAGAUUCAGAUCAAACAACUUGUUUUAAGCACUGUUAUAAUUUUCCUUGUGUGCUUUGGACCAUACCAUGUCUUGGUGGUCAUUCGUAGUGUGUUUGAGACAAACUGUGUGUUUGCUGCUAGAAUAUUUAAUAUCUAUCACUUCUCUUUGUUGUUAACCAGCUUUAACUGUGUAGCAGACCCAGUUCUGUAUUGUUUUGCCAGUGAAAACACCUACAGAGACUUCUUAAAGAUGAAAGAUACUUGCAUGACAUGCACAAGAUAUCUUGAGAUUGGAAAAAAGGCAAAUAAACAGCCAGUAAACAGUCUAGAAGGGACUGCUAUCAACAUAAAACAGAUCACUUCAGAGAAUGAGGCUGUUGUAUUGUAUGAACAGAGGGUUUCUAGCAUUACUUGUGCUGAAAAUGGAGUGGACGAGUCCCUUAACUGCAGUCUGUAGCACAUUUAGAAAUAUGUGCCUGUUCUCUUAAAUGAGGAUGGGAACCUGGCAUAUUUGUAUCCAGAUUAUUCUGUUGUGCUAUGCUCAGGGGAUUACAUUGUCACAAAUGAAAAGAGUAUAUUUAAUAUUGCCAAACCACUGGAAAAUUCUUUUUGUAUGUGUUUUUUUUGUUAAAUCUAUUUGAAAAAACAUAUAUUUUUUUUACAAUGUAGUUUGGCGUUUACAUGAUGCUAACGCAAGGAAACCCAGCUGCUGGUACUUUGGGGGCAAUGGGGCAUUUGGGGGGAUUUUCUUAGGCAAACCUGCUUAGUAUCCCCCAUAUGUAAGGAAAGGCACAAAGUUUGCCCAGGUGCAGUAACCCAUGGCAACCAAUUAGCUGUUUCCUUUUAAACAAGUGACCCGUAAAUGCUUCCAGCUGUUUAUAUAUCAGGGCCUGUUGGUCAUGUCACUUCUGAUCCCAGUCUUCCAAUGUACAGGACAUGUUCCUGCUCAUGCUCUUACUUGUGGAGCCUGGGGCAGGCUAGUGACAAGGGCAAACAUGGCAGCUACCAAAAUAUCAAUCCAUUUUUCUUUGAUUCAGAAAAAACGGAUAUGAUAUAUUAUUACCAAACAUUUCAGUGAUAAUCUCAAGGAAAACAAUGUCAAGGUUCUCUAAGCAGGUAAGGAAAAAUGCUGAAGAAGAAAUAUUCUGGAACAUCUCCAUUCAAAAUGGGUUUUAUAAAUAGGAUACAGUACAAAACAUCUUACCAUUUCAACCACCUUAACAUUUUAUAAAAUUUCCUCUUGAAAAGGUGCAUGAAAUGAAUGGACAUGUUGGAGAUCACAGAAACAAAAUGUCUGCCACAAUAAGAGAUUGAUUUUUAACCUUAUUGAAAUUGGACACUGCGUAAUUAUUAAUAAAUAUAUGUAAAGCUGAAUGGAGGUUGCACCUUUAGCUUUUAUCAAAACCAGAGAGUGAUAGCAAAAUCAGUUGUGCAAUAAAGUUUGGAAUUCAAAUUUACUAACCCAGUUCCACAUGAAAAAAGUUAGCAUUUGAAAAGCUUAUAGGCACAUUUGAUGACCUGUUAUUCCCUGCUUUAAUUCUUUGCUCUAUGUUCUUAGAUAAUGUUAAGAUAUGUUCUUUGAUAAUCAUAUGAUUGUAACAUAUGGAUUAGGUUGCAAUAUGCACAUAUGCACCUUUGUUAUUAUUGCAUUAUUGAAAAACAUUGCUGAUCUAUGUAGAGCCUUAUAAUAUCCCAAUUCCUUAUUGCCCCUAAAAAGAGCACCAUGCUCUAUUGUGUUAGCAAACGUUUAGGACCAAUGCUAUGUAGCCAAAAUUAAAAGCAGAUAAGCAGAAACAUGCCUGAGAGGACAUGUUCAUUACAGAUAUGGGUAUUGUCUCACUGGAAAAACUGAAAAGCCUUUCCAGUACUAAUUUCUGACAAGCGGCAAGGUUAGACUAUGCAAUUACACUACAUGGGCGAAAGCAUUCAGACACCUGCAUGACCAAUAGCACAUCAACAUCAUAAAUCAAGGUUAUUAAUAUCAAAUUGGUCUUCCCUUUGCUGCUUUACCAAAUGUUACUCUUGUGCUAAGGCUUUUUACUAGAUAACUGUCUCUUAAACUUGAGUCCACAGAGUCAGCUGCUGGACAUGAAUUCUUCAACAUUCAACAUGAGAGUAAAAGCAUUCUGGGAGUUGUAGUGCAACAGCAUCUGGGGACCCAAGGUUAAAAAGCAGGGAACAAUUUUGCAACAUUGUUGGCAUUUUCUUCUAUUGAGCCACAAAAGUGUUAGUCAGGCUAGGCACUAAUGUUGGAUGCCCAGGCCUGGCUCACAGACAAAAUUCAGGGUCAUUCCACAGGUGUACAGUUGGUCAGGGCUCUGUGUAUGCCAGCUAAGUCAUUCCAUUACAAACUCAGCAAAGGGCCUUUUUCCAGACAGCUGCCACAAAGUAGGGAUCAUGGUAAGUAAGAAGUCAAGAGCUGGUAGAAAUUUAGAGUGCACUCAGGAAUUAAGAAACUAAAACCCACAACUGAGGUACAGAACCCGGGUCUGUUUUCAGUCACAAUGCUGCAGGUAGCAUCUUGUCACCAUGUCACAGCUAUUUACAAAUCAGCGUGAACUUGGUUAAUGUUAUUUAUAACACACUACAAACCUACAGUGUAAAAAGCUCUCUCAUAUAAAUUAGGAGUUUAUUCCCAAGUAAUAGUAUAUUUAUAGGUGGGCAAUGAACAGAUACAAACUUUUUUUUACAUUACUUAUCUUUUACAUUUCUUCCUACAAUAUUUAGAUAAAUUGCAUAGACAGUUAAAACCUUUUCUUGAGUCAUGAAGCUGAGUACCAGACUUAGAGGGGGAAUACAGGAGACUGAAGUAAAAAAUUGGAGUGAGAAAUAGUAUUGAAAUUAAACUGUACUUAAAAGAACACCACAUUCACAUAAGUCUUAAUCCAUUUAAUCAAUACAACUUUAUUUUUUUUUAGAAUUUGGAAUUAAAUUGACUUUCCAGAAAAUGCCAGUUUAGUGAUUUUGAAGUACUAACUUUAUCUAGUAUCUGGAGUAUAUAAAUUAGACAAUUUUAAAUUUGUUGUAAAAUGUUUGUAAAUUAAUAUUAUACUCCAAUUUACAGGCACUUUUGUCAAUUCCCUACUGAUCUGGAUCUCCAGAUAAGAACGUAAAUAUUGUACUUUGUACAUUAGAUGUACAAUUUAUAGUGUUCUUCUUAAAGGGCACCUAUCACCUCCAUAUUGUUUCCCCCCACCAAAAGUACGGGCUAAUACAGCCCACACUCCAGUUGGGGGAAACAAUAGUUUUAAAAAAAUAACAAAAGACAAAAAAAAGCCCCUGCCUGCACUAGCCUGCCAGCACCAGGAGGGAGCUCCUACUGUAGGCAACCGUGUUGUGUCACACACAUUAUGCAUAUAAUGAGUGAGUGCCACAACUUGUUCAUUAUGUACAUGUGUGUGACAGAAGAGGGUGAGUAGCAUCUACAGCUCCUAUGUCAUGCGUGUAAUGAGCAACCUGGGUGAGCUGGCAGGGCUAUUGUUUCCCCUAACCGGAAUGUGGGCUCUAUUAGCCCACACCUUUGGUGUCUACCAGAGUUCCAAAUUACAAAAAGUCCCCUUAUCCAGAAAACACCAGGUCUCGAGCAUUCUGGAUAACAGGUCCUAUACUUGUAUAUAUAGUACAGAAAGCAGUAGCCCUACUCCUAAAUAGGACCACUAGAUGUCAGUCUUGCUACAUCUUUGAAAGCAGAGACAACGGUAUUGCCUCUACCUCUGGAAGUAAAGAAAUCUGGGUCUGUUCGAGAAUAAGUUAUAAUGUGUAUGGUUCUAGUAUGUUCUGGAUAGCUAUAACUUAUCAGGAAAAGUUAUUAUUAUGGAGUAUUUAUCGCUUAAUAUACUGUAUGAUGAAUAGUUUAAAAGUGAUUUGGAGUUUCAUUGUUAACUCAUGAAUGCUUCUAGAUGCUGACAGCUAGACAUUUAUUAAAGACAGUUAUUAAAGUGAUUAAACCGUUAAAUUAGAUAUAUGUCACACAAGGGAGAAGUUGAUGCUUUGAUAUGAUUAUUAAGAUGCUAGCUAUAGGAACAUGCAGGGGAGAAGAUGCUUUAACAUCUAAUUGUGUCUUUGAUAUGUAAAUAAAUAAAAAAAUAUAAA